AAAAAGUCCUCUCUGCUCAAGGCUUGGAACAGAAGCUGGCUGAAACAACCAGAAGAAAAAAUGGCGCCAAAGCGAACCAAAAACAAGGCUCCUUCCGCCGAUCCACAGGGAAUGUUCGCCGGUAUGGUGGUUUUCUUAAUCGAAAACAGCGUCCAGUCUCGUCGUUUACAGAUUUGGAAGCAAAAACUGGAGCAAAUGGGAGCUAAGAUUGAGACUCACUUGUCCAAAAAAGUGAGUCAUGUUUUUGCUAUGAGCUCAGAUGCUCUUUUUCACCACGUCGAUAAGGACCAAUUGGCUCGCUUCAAAGGACAUGUUCUCCUCUAUCAGUGGUUGGAGGACAGCUUGGCAGCUGGGGAAAAGGUUUCUGAGCAUUUGUACAUUCUGAAAGUGGAUCCAGAAGGGGAGGAUGUACCUGACAAGAAUCCGAAACUUGAAGCAGCCAACAGAAAUUCUUCCAUCCAUGGUGAACAAUCACACUGCAAAAGGAUCAAAUCCUCACCUGAGGAGAUAAAACACACUAAUGAAGAAAGUAAAGGAGAUAUAGAAACUAACACUGCAUCAGGGUUGUCAAAUAAUGAACCCAACUCCCCCAGCUCCGUCACUAGUGGUCCUGAAAUCCCUAGUACUCUAGAUAAGGAUGUUGGCACACCAACAUCAUCUUUGCCGUACAGUCCACCAGAUUUAAACAAGGACAUUACGGAGAUAUUUGGGAAACUUAUCAACAUAUAUAGAGCACUGGGUGAUGACCGCAGAUCAUUUAGCUACUACAAGGCUAUUGCAGUUGUUGAGAAGUUGCCCUUUAAAAUUGAAAGUGCAGAUCAGGUCAAAAAUCUGCCUGGAAUUGGAAAGUCACUGCAAGAUCAUAUUCAGGAGAUAGUGACUACUGGAAAGUUAUCCAAGUUGGAGCACUUUGAAACUGAUGAGAAAGUAAGGACAAUAAGUUUAUUUGGGGAAGUAUGGGGAAUUGGUCCAGCCACAGCACUGAAAUUUUAUGAGAAAGGACACCGUGCAUUGGAUGACCUGAAGAGUGACAAUUCUUUAACAAAUGUUCAAAAGCUGGGGUUGAAAUACUUUGAUGAUAUUAAAACAAGGAUUCCACGGAAUGAGGUUCAAGAGAUGGAAUCUCUUCUACAGAAAGUUGCAGAAGAUAUUGUGUCUGGGGUGGUUGUUGUAUGUGGGGGAUCAUAUAGACGUGGAAAAGCUUCCUGUGGAGAUUUAGACAUCAUAAUCACACAUCCAGAUGGAAAAAGCCAUAAAGGUUUUCUGCAAAAAUAUGUCAAGCGUUUAAAAGAGAUGAAGCUUUUAAGAGAAGAUUUGAUUUUCAGUACCCACAGUGAAGAGGGUACUGAUCAAGGUGUUGACACGUAUUUUGGUCUUUGCACUUAUCCUGGACGAGAGCUUAGGCAUCGCAUAGACUUUAAGGUAUAUCCAAGGGACAUAUAUGCGUUUGGGUUAAUAGCAUGGACAGGCAAUGACGUGCUAAAUAGAAGGUUGAGACUGCUAGCGGAAUCUAAAGGAUACCGACUUGAUGAUACAGGGCUGUUUCCAGCUACUCAUGGUUCAGGCAGUAAACGGGGUGCAAGAGGUACCACAAGCUUGAAAUUGGAGACGGAGAAAGAGGUGUUUGAUUUUCUGGGAUUUCCAUGGCUUGAAACUUAUGAAAGGAAUUUGUGAAAAAGACAGUUGCUUGAACUUGUGAUACAUGAUACGCUUCAAAGCACUACUGUGGAGCUUAAUGCUGCCCCAAUUUUUGAGGUUUUUGGUUACAAGGAUGAUAAAAGAGUGUCAUGUCUUGCUGUCACGUUUUUGCUAAAUUAACAAAUAUAUGCUGUCAGUGUACAUAUAAUCCCGUGUAAAUGGUAGUAAUUUCGUGUGAAAAUAAAGAAAAUUGCAGAAAAUGGUUGUUGCCUUGUUGUCAAUUUCUCAGAGAACCCAAUAACCCAUAAUGCUUUGCAAAUUACAAACUUUACAAUCUUUAAUCGGUUUCUCAGCAUGGAAAAAAAAAACAUAAAACACAACUUGGAUAUACUUAAUUGUUUUGACAUAAAUCAAAGCGAGACAUAACUCCCGAGUCUUUUUUUUUUUCCUUACCAACAAUGUUAAAUUAGAAAUUUCAUUUCUAAGAUAAAGCAAUCUUAAAUUUGAAAAGUCAUAUGACAUCUACAGAAAAUGAAAAGCUUUCAUAGUUUCUAAGUACCUUUCUAUCAUGCAAA